CGACUCACUCAGCACUCCAUCGGUGUGCACACUGAGAAUUCGAAGCUCCUGCGACGGAGAUCAAUGUGGGUUCGUUCCUUGGUCUUCUUAGUCUUCGUCUUCGUCUGGAGGAACCCGUCAAGCCUAGAUAAGUCGACGACGAGAAGUAUAAAAUCGCCGGUAUUCUAGCGUGAGGACAGCGACAGCUUGCACAUUUUCGUGACAGACGAUGUCGGCUCCUACAGAGAAAGUCUGGCUCGUCACAGGCGCGAACUCCGGCAUCGGAUACGCCAUUGCUCUCUACGCUCUCUCCCAAGGGGACAAGGUUAUUGGGACGGUCAGGUCAGUGUCCAGAUUCCCGGAGACCCUCAAGAAGGCGGGAGGACAGCCGCUGGUCCUCGACCUCAGUGCGUCAGACGCAGACAUCCGCAGGGCUGGUGAAGAGUCACUGAAGAUCUUCGGACGCGUCGACAUCCUGGUCAACAACGCUGGCUGGGGAGUCAUAGGCCCAGUGGAAGAAUUGGACUUGGACGAUAUACGGGCGAGCUUCCAGACCAUGGUGUUCGGCGUCAUUGCGCUCACCCAAGCCCUCCUACCCCACUUCCGAGAGCGCAAGACUGGGCACAUCCUGAAUGUCAGCUCGAAUGGGGGUUUCACCGGGUACGCAGGCUGGAGCGCGUACAGCUCCGCCAAAGCCGCGCUCGACCUCUUCUCGGAGUGCCUCAGCCAGGAGGUCGCGCCGUUCAACAUCCGCGUCCUGAUCAUCAUGCCUGGCUACUUCUCGACGAACUUCAUGCAGUCCGCGUCGAACGUGCAGAAGCUGAAAGACUCCACCGUCUACACGGAGCCCUCGCAGGGCUUCCGCACGCUCGAGGCGCUCCCCGGGUCGCAUGUCGCGGCGGGCCAGAUCGGCGACGUGGACAAGCUGGCGGCGCGCGUGUACGAGGUCGUGCAUGGAACGGGGAUGGCGAAGGGACUCGUCGAAAGCCAGGGCGGCAAGCGCGAGUGGCUGCGGGUCCCGCUGGGACCUGAUUGCGGCGAGCGUCUGCUGUGGAAGCUCGAGAUACUGAAGGCAAACGCGGAGGCCUUCGAGCCGAUUUGGAGGUCGACCAACAUUGAGCCUGAGAGGCUCAAGUUCUACCCCCGCGGUUGAUCGAGCUUUGCCCACAUACUUAGUAACCAAGGGUCACUUCGUCCUAGACUUUAUGUGAUAGUUAAGCCUUUGAAAUUCCUUUGAGAGAUUGCCUUCUAUGCGAGGACGCCAGCCGACCCAGACACCGGUGAUAUGCCGGCGAAUAAUGAGAGUAUCAUGCCGUCGGAACGUUCAACCAGG